AAGUAAAAUCUUUCCAUCACCCUCUCUCUCUCUCUAGCUGCUACUUUGAGCAUGUCCAGGGCUCAGGCGGAGGGAAGACUGCUACAGACGUUGUUCACUAGCUAUAAUAAACUGGCUCGCCCUGUGGCCAACAUGUCAGAGGCCGUGCGUGUUCGCUUUGGCCUGUCAAUUGCUCAGCUCAUUGAUGUGGAUGAGAAAAAUCAAAUGAUGACCACUAAUGUCUGGCUGAAACAAGAAUGGUAUGAUUACAAGCUGCGAUGGAACCCUGCUGAUUAUGACAAUGUUACUUCCAUGAGAAUUCCAUCUCAGUUUAUAUGGAGACCAGAUAUAGUUCUCUACAACAAUGCAGAUGGAGACUUCACUGUGACUCAUUUCACCAAGGCCCAUUUGUUUCAUGACGGCAGGAUCACGUGGGUGCCGCCUGCCAUCUACAAAAGUUCGUGCAGCAUUGACGUUACCUUCUUCCCCUUUGACCAGCAGAACUGCACCAUGAAGUUUGGCUCUUGGACCUAUGACCGCGGCAAGAUCGACCUGGUCAGCAUGUCCAACUACGUAGACCAGAAGGACUACUGGGAAAGUGGGGAGUGGGUGAUUGUGAAUGCCGUAGCCACUUACAACAUCCAGAAGUACAAGUGCUGUUCGGAGAUCUACUCGGACAUCACAUAUUCUUUCCUAAUUAAAAGGCUGCCGCUGUUUUAUAGCAUCAAUCUCAUCAUGCCAUGUCUCCUCAUCUCCUGUUUGACCGUGCUGGUCUUCUACCUCCCCUCGGCCAGUGGCGAGAAGGUCCAGCUGUGCAUCUCCGUGCUCCUUGCCCUCACCGUCUUCCUCCUGCUCAUCACCGAGAUCAUUCCGUCCACCUCACUGGUCAUCCCGCUCAUCGGAGAGUACCUGCUCUUCAUCAUGAUCUUUGUCACGCUCUCCAUCAUCAUCACCGUUUUCGUGUUGAACGUGCACCACCGCGCCCCACACACUCACUCCAUGCCGCCGUGGGUGCGCUGGCUCUUCCUGGACGUGGUGCCCCACUUCCUGUGCAUACGGCGGCCGAAACAAAAGCCAACGGACGCCCCUCCACCAAGAAAAAGGAUGAGCAGUACGCCCUCGUUUGCCGGGCAAGAGACGGAGCUGGAUCUGGCUUCUUCACACUCCCCCAGAGCCAGCCUCGUGCCCAGAGGCAGCUCAUCAUCUCUGGGUCCGCUGCCACAGAGGCACCCUUCCCUCCAGUCCACUUCCAGCCAGUACCUGGCCCUUCACGAGGAGGCCUCUUCGCCCACUCACCUGGUGUUGCAGCCGGGGUCUGCUGGGGAGCGGAGACCUUACGCCCGGGCCAAAAUGCGCUCCCUCAGUGUACAGUACGGCCUGCGGGAGAGGGAUCACGAGGCGGCCCGUGCCAGCACUCGGCACCGCUCCCGAAGCAUCCAGUAUUGCUGCAUCCACGAGGAAAAAGACACAGGGGGUAUUGGCGCCAAGCCUCCACCCUUGACGCUGGCCCAGGGACCCCCACCCCUGACGAACAGCAGACCGUCAGCAUGGAAGUGGAGGAUGCCAAAGUCCAAGUCAGCUCUAUCUCUGAGUGCUAUGAAGGAGCCCCACCCUCAGCCCACCUUGUCUCCUGCCAUGAAAGUGGCCAUUGAGAGUGUGCAAUACAUUGCUGACCACCUCAGAGCAGAACAUGCAGAUUUUUCUGUGAAAGAAGAAUGGAUGUAUGUGGCGAUGGUCAUUGACCGGAUCUUCCUGUGGGUGUUCAUAUUGGUGUGCAUUAUGGGUACAGCAGGGCUGUUUCUCCCUCCCUGGUGGUCUGGAAUGAUAUAA